CUCUCUUCUGCUCAUCACACCACGACGAGCGGUCAGUAAUCUCACCCAGUGCUGACCAAAGGGGAACCGACCCAAUCCGCUCAGCCCAGGCGCAGCAGCUACAGGAAGUGUACCGCUGGGUGUGGCCACGUGUGUGUGUGUGUGUGAUGGGAGGGUUAACCUGAUUAGCAAUAACUCAGGAUACAAAUAGCAGCCUUAUACUCCGUAUCAACACUCCGUGUCCCUUUCUCUGCCUCACACCUCAGCAGGAUCAGCCGGACCUCAGACUUCACUGAUUGGACACAAUGAGUCCGAAGAGCGUCAUGUUCAAGAAAGCGUGCAAAGACAAAUCGGUGGCUGUGUAUAUGGGGAGACGAGAUUUUGUUGAUAAUGUUGAUUCAGUGGAUCCAGUAGAUGGAGUCGUUCUAAUAGACCCUGAGCUUCUGAAAGGCAAAAAAGCAUACGUCACCCUGUCCUGUACUUUCCGUUACGGACGAGACGACAUGGAUGUGAUGGGAAUAGCGUUCCGGAGAGACAUUUACCUCUCCACCCGGCAGAUCUACCCCCCUCUGCAGGACAAGGAGCAGUGUACUCUUACCAGGGUGCAGGAGAAACUGCUUCGCAAACUGGGCAUCAACGCAUACCCCUUUUUCUUUGAGUUCCCUGAUAACUUGCCUUGCUCCGUGGGACUGCAGCCGGCUCCUACCGACGUGGGCAAGCACUGUGCUGUAGAGUUCGAGGUGAAGGUCUUCAGUGCUGAGAACCUGGACGCUAAAGUCCGCAAGAGGAGUACAGUGCGUCUUAUGAUCCGCAAGGUCCAGUACGCUCCGGAGAAACCCGGUCCCGCACCUUCGGUCUCUGUCACCCGUGACUUCCUCAUGUCUGACAAACCUCUACACGUGGAGGCGAGCCUGCAGAAGCAAACGUACUAUCACGGAGAGCCGAUCAAGGUACGAGUGAACAUCAACAAUGAGUCCAACAAGAACGUGAAGAACAUUAUUCUUUCUGCGGAUCAAAUUGCCAACGUUGUUCUGUACUCCAACGACAGCUACAUGAAGUCAGUGGCCAUAGAGGAUUCUGGAGACACCUUGGGUCCAGGUGGCAAAAUGGAGAAGGUGUACACACUGCUCCCCCUGCUGGCCAACAACAAGGAAAGACGUGGAAUUGCGCUGGAUGGAAAACUCAAGCAUGAAGACACCAACCUGGCCUCGACUAGCAUAAUUAAAGAAGGAGUCUUGAAGGAGGUCUUGGGGAUUCUGGUGUCCUACAGAAUCACAGUAAAGCUCAUCAUGGGAGGGCUGAUGGGAUCCAGUGAGAUCGGGCUGGAGCUGCCAUUCCAACUGAUGCACCCGAAGCCUGAAUCAGCGAGAGAAAGUGAGAUGGAUGACGACAUGGUGUUCGAAGAUUUCAAGCGCUCAUUUAUGAAGGGCAUGACGGAGGAUGACGAGGAAGGGAAUAUUUCUGCUGGGGAGCCUUGAGAAACCUCUGAGGAACCGAUCGCUACCUGGAUGUUAGGUUACAGCCAGGAGGGAGGAACAAGAUAGAGAGUGCUCCAUGAUGAACAUCUGAAUUACACUGAGAUGAUGAGCUGCAUACUUCCUGUAGCACACUAGAAAAACACUGGCUCUCGGUCUUCAUCUUUUGCCAGUUAUUCAAUGAUAGUUUUCCAUAUUGAAGUCGGUACAGAGUCUAUGGCCAGGGAUUUUAGACCUUUUAGCUAACUUUCUUAGUAUCUGCAAUAAAGCUGAUAUAAUAGAUCGAUAGAUCAUGUAGAAUUUCUCUCGUUGUACAGCGAAAAAAAAUAUAUAUCUAUUUUGUCAUUUUAA